AGUUCCCUCUCUUCCUUCUCCAAACGAGAAACUUCUCAAAACUUCCUCAUCUCUCCACCAUGUCUACUUGAUUCUUGAAUCAACGACCCAUGAACAGAUCUCGAUCGAGUUUCUCAAACUUUCUUCGAUCUCCGUAGAUCUACUCGAUUCGAAAUCGGAUUCGGGGGUCCUCCGAGAAGAUAGAUCGACCGAGUAACAACAAGUCAGAGCCUAUUUGAGUGAAACGCUGUCGUUUAGAUGCCUUCAGUGGGUAUGAGACGCACCACGAGGGUAUUCGGGGUGGUUAAAGCCGCGGACGGAGCUCGGGUCCUCCGCUCGGGUCGCCGGAUUUGGCCCAAUAACGACGAGCCCAAGGCCAAGCGGGCCCAUGACGCUGUGGAUCCAGAUUGGGACUGCAAAGGGGGCAAAGUCUUCGCUGAGAAGCAACAACACGACAAAGGAGAAGACUUUACCGUCGUGAAACGGAGGAGAGUGAGAACUGAAGCUGUCGGAGAUGGGAAGAGUGUUGAUACUAAGUUUGGGAUUGUAUAUAAUAGAAAAAGGAAGAGACUUUGUGACCAAUCAAGUGGUGGUAGUUCAGACCUCAAGUUUUAUCGCAGGCGGACAAGACGACUUUGUGGUCCUGUGAUUGCUCUUACAGUAGAUUGGUCUUGUGGGGAUUGCUGGUUGUCGACUGUUUUCGGUUUGGUGAUGAGGUACUUGAGGAGGGAAGAGCUGAGUCUGCGUACGCUUGCGUCUUUCUUCUUGUCUCAACCUAUCAACGACGACUUUGCAGAUCAUGGCGUGAGGUUUCUUGAGGAGCCUACUUCCCUUAGCUCAAGGGGUGUAUGCAAGUUCUUUGGUGGCGUGGAUUGUCUUCCUCUCUUGUCAGCUGAUUUUGCUGCCAUUCCUCGAUUUUUCAUGGAUAUGCAUUUGACUCUGUUUCUCAGAGAUGCGCCCCGCUCCUUUGCUUUCGUGAAGAGAUCUCUUUAUUUGCUAAACAAUCCAGUUGUUGAAGAAACUGAUUCAGAGUCUGAGUUAGUUUCAUCUCCACCUUGUCAUCCGAGGAGAGCCUCAAAUGUUCAGUAUAAAGGCAAUUUAGGGUUUCACAGUAUCCAGAAGAGGAGAAGAUCCUUAAGAAGGAGGAGAGUGAGGAAUCUUUCGCAUAGCGGACACAAGUUGUACAAUGGAACGUCUGUUUUCGAAUUAUCAUGGAGAAACAGGACAUCAGCAGCAGCAGUAUCUACGAGAAGGCUUAGAAGUUCGGUGCUAAACAACUCAAAUGAGAUUAGUGUCGUUCCAAAACCGUUGACAAAAGAGGAGAUUGAUUCUCUACGUUGUUCUGUGAAUAUUUUGGUUUUGGGUUCAGACAGAUGCACCAGAGAAGAAGGUUUCAGUGCCGUGUUGGAGUUCGUUUCUUCAAAGGAGUGGUUCGUUGUUAUCAAGAAGGAUGGGGAAAUCAGAUAUAAGCUCAAGGCGAGGAAGACUAUGAGACCUUGCUCGUGCAACAGGUUCACACAUUCUGUAGUGUGGGUAGGGGACAAUGGUUGGAAGCUUGAGUUUUGCGAGAGACGAGAUUGGCUCGGUUUCAAGGAGAUUUAUAAAGAGUGCUAUGAACGGAAUGUGUUGGAACAGAGUGCGAAAGUCAUUCAUAUACCUGGAGUAACAGAAGUGUGUGGCUAUGCAGAGAAUAUUGAUGCUUUGCCUUCAUUUUCUAUGCCGGUUCCAUAUAUAUCUGUGAAAGAAGAUGAGGUUUCAAGGGCCAUGGCUCGAAGCACUGCCAUCUAUGACAUGGAUUCUGAAGAUGAAGAGUGGCUGGAGAGGCAGAAUGAGGCAAUGCUUGGUGGAGAAGAUGAGAAGAAGUCUCAACAACUUCAUCAAGAUACUUUUGAACUGAUGAUUGAUGGGUUUGAAAAGUACUACUUCCAUAACCCUGCCGAUGAUCUCUUGGAUGAGAAAGCAGCUAGUGUAGCUAGUCUUUCGUAUUUGGGUAGGCAAGAUGUGGUUGAAGCUGUGUAUGAUUACUGGGCGAGGAAAAGGAAGCAGAGGAAAGCACCACUCCUCAGAGUUUUCCAGGGUCAUCAAGUUAAGAAGACUCCUCUAUUUUUCAAACCUGUGUUUCGGAAGAGAAGAUCUUUCAAAAGACAGGGGAGUCAACUCCAUGGCAAAUCCAAACAGUCAAGUCUCGUGUCUGUAAAGGCGGCUAAACUGGAAGCUUGGGAGGGACAAAACGUUUUUCUUAGAGUGGAAAAAGCCAAAGCCUUGGCUGAUACAUCUAUGGAGAUUGCCAUGGCCAAAAGAAGAAGAGCUCAGGUUCUUGCAGAGAAUGCAGAUUUGGCUGUUUACAAAGCCAUGCUGGCUCGUAGGAUUGCACAAGCCGUGAAAGUAGUAGCUGAUUCAAGCGGCGAGGUGGCUGAUGCAUCCCUUUUCUUGAACUGAUAAUAUUUGGUAAUGACAGAAAAUUAAACAAGCUUACUUGGAUUGAAUUAAAAGGCUUGCUUCUUUUUGAAGCAUAAUAGUCUCUGUAGCUUCUGCUUAUGUGUAUAUAUAGUUUCUCUACGCUAGGGAUUUGUAAAUGGGUUUAGAAUAUUUUAUUCCUUUCGAAGGUUUUUUGAUAUAUAACUAAUAUUAUUAAUCAAUGCU